AUGGUUGCCUUCCUUCCUCUCGCGAUCCUCGUGUCCCUCCUGGCCGCCGGCGCCACUGCCAACAACGGCUACACCACACCAUCGCCGCCGCCGCCGCCGGCCCACAGUGACAAGUUGCUGGUGAGGGUGGAGGGCAUGGUGUACUGCCAGAGCUGCGCGUACCGGAACACGCAUAGCCUCAAUGGCGCGAUGCCGCUGCCCAAGGCGGAGGUGUCCGUUACCUGCCACGACACCAAGAAUCGUGUCAUGGAGUGCAAGCGGGCCAUCGCCGAUGAGAGCGGCUACUUCCAGACAGAGCUCGGCGUGACCAAAGUCUCUGACUUCUUCAUGGGUGAUCCGAGCAAGGCGUGCCACGUACGACUUCAGGCGUCGCCGGAUUUCAAGUGCAACAACCCCACAAACAUCAACUACUCUGACAUCAAGGGUGCGCCACUCCGUGACGAGGGUAAGCGAUGGACUGGUCAGGGCUACGAUAACGUUGUUUAUGCCGCCGGUCCUCUCGCCUUCCGGCCGGCGAUAUGCCCUCCCAAGCACUAA